AUGUCGAACUCGAAGAAGAUUGUUUUGAAGAGUUCCGAUGGUGAAAUCUUUGAGAUUGAAGAACCGGUAGCUCUCCAAUCACACACCAUAGCUCACAUGAUUGAAGACGAUUGCGUCGAAAACGUAAUCCCUAUUUCAAACGUAACCGGCGAGAUCCUAGCCAAAGUGAUCGAGUAUUGCAAGAAACACGUUGAUGGUGGUGGUUCGGAAGAAGAGCUCAAGAUUUGGGACCAAGAGCUUAUGAAAAACAUCGAUCAAUCGACGCUUUAUUAUCUAAUUCUAGCUGCUAAUUACUUAAACAUCAAAAGCCUUCUUGAUCUCACUUGUCAAACAGUUGCUGAUAUGAUCAAAGGUAAAACUCCUGAGGAGAUUCGCGCUAUUUUCAACAUCGAAAACGAUAUCACACCCGAAGAAGAAGAAAAGAUUCGCCAAAAAAAUCAAUGGGCCUUUGAAUGA